AUGAGGGUGGCUGUUCAGGGUUGCUCGCACGGAGCACUAGACUCCAUCUACGCUUCCAUCCGCUCCCUCGACGCCCAGGCCAAAAAGCGCACCGAUCUCGUCCUCCUCUGCGGCGAUUUCCAAGCGCUGCGAAAUGUUGCAGACCUAGAGACGAUUGCUGUGCCAGACAAGUACAAGCAGCUCGGCGACUUUGUUCACUACUACACCGGUCUCAAACAGGCCGAGUAUCUCACUCUCGUCGUUGGUGGCAAUCAUGAGGCGAGCGCAUACAUGUGGGAACUGUGAGUCGCAUCUUGGCCUACGCCGAUGCGGGGACUGGAUCUGACGCUCGGUGUGACACCCUCUGCCUUGUCAAGCUAUCACGGAGGAUGGCUAGCGCCCAACAUCUACUAUCUAGGUGCAGCAGGAAGCGUGCAAGUUGGAGGUCUCGAUAUCAGCGGUAUCAGCGGCAUCUACAAAUCCCACGACUAUAGAGCGCCAAGGUACGAGAGGCUGCCGUACGAUCGGUCAACUGUGCGCAGCACCUAUCAUACAAGGCAGUACGACGUCAUGCGGCUUGGACUUGUAAGUAGGCCUUUGUGCCCAGCGAAAGCGGAGCACAUCGCAUUGACCAGAGAAGCAGGCAUCCUUGGCUCAUGCCGCAUCCCUGUUGAAUGCCUUUGAAUUUCCUCUCAGCUUUAUCCCCGGCUCUCACCGAACAUCUUCCUAUCGCACGACUGGCCAAACACGAUAGAACAGCAUGGCGAUACUGAUUGGCUCAAGCGGAAAAAGCCCUUCUUCACAGACGAGAUCAACAGCUCGACUUUGGGAAACCCGCCGCUCAUGGAUUUGCUGCAGAGGCUCAAGCCGCAAUACUGGUUCGCUGCUCAUCUGCACGUCAGAUUCGCCGCGCUGUACAAGCACGAUGGACAAGCUACGAGAUUGCAGGACAAAAAGAGAGCUAGCAAGGAGAGCGGAUCGGCGGAAAAGUUGGACUCGGGCGUCGUCGGUAGCGAGGUGUCCGGAGCGGUGGACGAAGCAGUAGACGAGAGUGUAGACAGAGCGGCAGAGGUGCCCAGCAGCGAACAGAUUGAUAUCGAGUUGAGCGACGAAGAGACCGCUCCAGCUCGACCUGCAGACGAGGACAUCGACGAAGAUCCUCCGCACCAGCACGACACAGUCGUCGACGCUCAAGGUGCAGAGCCGUUAGCGAGCACUUCGUGGGCCAGGGCAGCGUAUGGAAGUAGCGCGACCAAAUUUCUGGCUCUCAGCAAGUGUCUGGCGGGACAGGAUUUCCUUCAGGUCAGUGUGCGAAGAUGAAUCGGCAAGCUUCGAUGCAACGUCUGACCAGCUGACGUUUUCUCUUGCCGGCUUGCUUCUUCCCCCUCUAUUAUCAGAUUUUGGAGGUCGAAGCGCCUUUUGAUGUUGACGAGGAAUAUGCCAUGUCUGUUCCUAUGCAUCCUAGUACAGCUUCGCACGCACGCGCCUCAGAGCCGCGCGAGGCUGGCCAUGAUGUGUCGCAACUCGAGGAUAGCAGCGCACAAUCACCCCUUUCGGAGUCUGCACACCAGACCCAGCGUCUGCCGACCUUCAGAUACAUUCCGCGUUGGCUCGCCAUAACACGAGCGACGCAUUCUCUGCUCUGUCUGGCGAGGAACCAACGUCCGCCCUUGCCGCAUCGACUAUCGGACGACGCAGAGCUUCAACGUCUCGUUGAAGAGGAGGAACGGUGGGUAAAGGAGCACUUGUUGAGCGCAAAGGAGAAAGGCGGCGAGGCGGGAGGGCUGGAUAGGCACCCGUUGGCUAUUGCGAGCGUGCAGACAUUCGUCAAGACUGCACCAGGCAUCGAUGUGCCUGAAGGUGCCCGACCGGGUCCGCGUGAGUAAGACGUUGCCGUGACGCGUGCUCGUCGAGCUGCAAAACUUAUCAGAUCAUCGACGGCGGGUCUACCUCCCCAUCUCCGUUUGCGUGUCCCGCUCUUCCUCAAGCUUCUUGGUAUACCAAUCCACAAACGCAGGCUCUGUGUGACUGGCUGCAGAUCCCAAACAAGAUCAACCCCUCUCCGAGCGCAGCGUUUGCGGCGCCCAGCUCAGACGGAAGCGCAAGCACCAGCUCGGGCACGCUGCCUUCAAGACCGUCCUUGCGAAUGGGACAGUCGCAAGAUGCGCUGAUCAGGAUGGGAGCUUUCGAGCCUGCUCCUUCUCACGAAACCUUCGCCCAGCUCGUGGACCGUGGUGAUGAAGGGACGAUGAAGGAUGCGCAAGAAGCUCGUAUCAAAGAGGAAGAGGGAGAGAUUGCGCGCAUACAAGAAGCUGCUAGAGCUGCCAUGAGCCGCAGUCAGAAGCAAUAG